CUUGUUCUGGACAGUUUCAAUCAUUACUUGGACAGUGACACACACACUUACAGAAUUAGUUUUUAGAGUCCGAUUCAAACUAGAACAGAAGGACGAACAGACGAUCACAUAACUUUGGUGAAGGAGGGGAAUGGAGCUGUCUACACGGUGUAAAUGGCCCGUGGCCCUGUGCUGGCUCUAUCUUGUCAUGGCAGCGCAAGUACACGGGACACAAUACGAUAUCUGGAGCUGUGAUAUCAAUCCUUUGGUGACGACUUGCUUCAAUGACAGCUUUGCAAUGAGUACGUCUUCUAGUGUGGAGUGGACACUGGGUAAAAGAGGAACACCAUCUUCGGGCACUGGUCCGCAAUCAGCAGCGACAUAUGCUGACGGCAUGGUAUUCCUCGAGGCAUCGGGAGGGCAAGAGCAGAGUGCUACUCUUACCAUGUCAGCACCAACAGCUACAACACCACAACCUAUGUCCGCAUACGACCAAGGAUGCCAUAUUGGUUUCACAUACCAUUGCUAUUCAGCUAAGGACGUUCACUAUAACCGUGAUAAGGAUUUUGGUAGACUUGAGGUGACAGUCGGAGCAGGAUCACCUGUCAUAUUUUGCAAUGACUACACAGACCUAGACCUAAACUGGCAGCAGGGCUCAGUCAGCUAUACUCCAGGCAGUGGUAGCAAUGUCGUAUUCGAGGGUUUUACCGGACAAGGUUUCGAAGGAGAUGUGUGCAUAAACAACGUCCGACUGUACUGUGAAGAUUCUGUGGUGACAACUACGCUAGGCCCUACAACAACAACAACUGCGCCCGUAACGACCACCAUACCAGCGCCAACCGGAUGGAGUGCAUGGUCAGAGAUAUGUAAGGAUGCCAGUGGAAAUGUUCUCGAUUGUGGAGUCCAAGGUUUUGGCACAUACAAUCAGGUGUGUGAGACAUCAACAUGCACAAAGGCAACGACACAAUAUGUCUUGAACGACAUCUUUGAGGAAUACAGAGGAACGACAUGUUGGGGAAAAUGCACAAGCGCUGGACAAUGGAACGCGUGGGGAAAUUUUGGUGCAUGCUCAACUACAUGUGGUAGUGGUACCUACUGGAGAUAUCGUACGUGCGCACGAACAUCGAGCCAGUCAGCCUGUGUUGGCUACGAUACUGAGAGUCAGAACUGUAACACAGAUGCUUGUCCUCCCGCUCCCGCUGGCUGUUCUUACAAUGGCUGGUCCAGUUGGUCGACCUGUUCGGCAACCUGUGGACCUGGAACAAGAACAGCAACACGCACUGAUCCCAAAGAUCUUAUCAACUGUGUAGAAACCCGUAAUGAGGCCUGUACUGUCCAGGCGUGUUGGCAACAUGGAGGUUGGAACGAUUGGGGUCUGUGGACUGGAACAUGCGUUACCUGUGGAACACCCAAUACUCUGACGCGACAAAGGGCAUGUGAUAACCCAGUACCGAUCGGGACAGGAAGAUACUGUCUUGGGUCCAGUGAAGAAGUUCAGAAUUGCCCCUACAUGGGACAAUGUCCUGUCGACGGGGCAUUUGGAAAUUGGAUGGCCUGGUCAACAUGUCGCUCCCCAACUAAAGAUACAUGUGGAAGUGGAACGCAGGUGCGCUACAGAGUGUGCAACAACCCACAGCCAAAAUACGGGGGCAAUCCUUGUACUGGUGUCAUAAUGGAGACACAAGCCUGUGACCUCGGGGUCUGUAACACAAAGUGUCAAAACGAGGCGGACAUUCUCCUGAUAGUGGACACUAGCGGCUCGAUUAACGACCAAGAGUGGGCUGACCAGUGCAAUAUGAUUUACGACUUUAUCGGGGCCCUUGAUGUUGACAGCGGCAGGAUCCGCGUUGCGGUUGAAGUUUUCAGCAGAACUGUGAAAACUUCUUGGGAUUUUGACGACCAUGAUGGGGAUUCAGCAGCCAUGUUGGAUAAAAUUGCGAACAGUUGUCAGGGAUUAGAAAGAGAAAAAUCAACAACGAACCAUGCGGGUGCUCAAAGACACGCUAUAUCUAAUCUUUGGGGACAAACCUCAAAAGGAGAUCGACUUAAUGUUGUCAACGUUGAGUUCAUGCUAACUGAUGGAUGCUCAACAUUAAAUGCAGAUCAAACAGUGAUAGCCUCAGAUGAAACACAUGCUAGUCCAGAAAACAUAACAGUCAUUGUUGCUGCUGUUGGCGAGGAUCUUACUACUAAUCAAACUUGUAUGGAUAUGAUGAUAAAUAUGGCCACGGGUGCUGAUCCUUAUGCAUUGGGAACUCUUGUUGAAACCACCGAUUUUGUAGAUUUGACAAAUAAAGUUGAUGAAUUGGUUACAAAGACUUGCUUGUUGGCUAGUGCUUGCAACUUACUUGACCCCCCUUGUGGUGACUUAACCCUCCAUAGCUGUACACCAAAGGACCCCGCCUCGCUGAUGGAUUUCCAAUGUACGUGUGGUGGUGGUGCUUGGGGAACAACGUGUUCAGGAUGUAGCGCACCGAAGGAAAUCCAGUUCGUCAUUGAUAACUCCUACUAUGUCAGCCCAACGGAGUUCACCACGAUAAAGGAUACAGUAAAAGCAGUCAUACAAGAAUUCGAUGUCGAUACCAAUCCAGUUAAAGUUGGAGUGAUGUUUUACUCAGAUAGUGUGUACCACGCCUUCAAACCUUCUGAUGGACUGGAUAGUACAAGUAUGUUAGCGGCAAUCGAUGCUUCUGCGUAUGCCUCUGGAGCGCCCAACGCAUACAAGGCAUUUCAGGAAUUGCCUGCAGCAUUUACAGACCCUUCUGCUCCCGAUGUUGUUCUCUAUUUCUCCAAAACUGUGAACCACGAAAAACCAGCCUUAACGCAAUCGCUUGCAAAAGACCUAAAGGACAGUGGUGUGCAUAUUUUCGGGAUAAACAUUGGGCUAACACCGCCAAAAGAUGACGAGAUGAAGUUCCUGGUGACCGAGUCAUAUCUAGACAACUUGUUUUACGUCAAUGACUACCAAAGACUUCUAGAUCAAGUAAACAUAGAACUAUUUCGGGAUAUCGCAUGUCAAGCAAAUAACUUCUGCUAUAAGGGCUGCAAAAACAGUGGAGUAUGUCUAAACUCACCGACGGGGUACAAAUGUGACUGCCCCGCUGGAUUUUGGGGACCCGAUUGUAAUGGAUGUGAUGCUAAAGCUGAUGUUGUAAUGGUUGUUGAUCAUUCUUCAAGCAUUGGAGAUGCAAAUUUUGCACUCAUGAGGACAUUCCUCAGUGAUUUGGCGACGAGAUUUGCUGCUAGUGGACCAGGACAUGUUCAGCUUGCUGUUGUAGACUUUAGUGACACUGCGGCGGUUCAUGGAAACCUCGAUUUAAAUGCCGAUCCUGCAACAGUCGCUGGUAUAGUAGGAGAUGCUGCACAAUAUCCAUAUUUAACUGGAAUGACAAAUACUGCAGAUGCAUUGAUGGUUGGGCGUGAGGUUAUUCAAGACGGCAAAAGAGCGGGAGUACCCAGUGUUCUGCUAUUGAUAACAGAUGGAGAAAGUAACAUGAAUGAAAAACGAACACUCAUUGAGGCCCAAACUAACCAGUAUGAAGGCAUCACAACCAAGGUUGUUCAGAUUGGUGGCGGCGCAUCUCUCGAUGCUGAAAGUAUUGCAAUUGCAUCUCCACCGAGUGCAGUAAAUGUAUUUAAAGUUGCUGAUUUUGCUGGACUUGCAACUCCAGACCUCUUUACAGACAUAUCCCAAGCAACAUGUGACCCAAUUGAUAUGUGCUCCAGUUCACCAUGCCCAAGUGGAACGUGUAUAGAUAUGAUUGGAAACUAUGUAUGCAAGCCAGAUACUCAAUUUUGUGAUGCGAAAUUAGAUAUUGUGUUUGGAAUUGACGUUUCCAAUAUGGACAGUGCCACAAUGUCGGAUGUUGCAACAUUCGUUGAUAACUUUUUCUCCAAAUUUUACGUUACUGCUUCCAAAGUUAAUGUUGGGCUUUUCAACUACCAAGCAAGUGGAAGUCAAACAAUAAUGUUGAAACUUAGCGAUGGCACAUCACUGAGUGCAGUAUCGGCAGAACUUGGAAGUAUGACUUUACCUGGUACAACAACAGACUCCGAUUCGGGGGAUGCAAUCAACUUUGCCCAUAAUACCAUGUUCACAUCUGGCAAUGGAGAUAGGACUGAUGCCACAAACCUGUUGAUCCUUAUCUCUGAUACACCAACGGUUGAUUUUAAUCAAGCUGUCCUCAAUGCAGAAUCAGCCAAAUAUGGAGGGGUACACAUCAAGGCUGUAGGCUUUGGAUCGAAAUAUCUUGCUUUAAAUAACCAGCUACAGAAGAUUGUUAGCACUCAGCCAACAAUCGCAGAUAACUUGUGGGCAGUUGACACAGUGAGCAACCUUGACGAUGGCCUCGCAACAUAUAUUGCAGAGAGCAGCUGUGACAAAGACUCCCAGUGUACCCAGGACAAUGGUAACUCUGUCCAAUGCCCUAAUGGAGGGACCUGCAUCGAUGGAAUCUUUGGCUUUCUCUGCCAAUGUCCAUCUGGAACAUCUGGCCCUAAUUGUUUAGGCUGCAAGGCAGAGUUGGAUAUUUAUGUUUUACUCGAUGAUGUAACUAGUGGAUUUGAAGCAGAGAAAAAUUUGCUUCUUGAAUUGGUGGAUAGGCUCGAUGUAACAGGUGGCGCUGUUAAGAUGGGACUGGCAGUGUUUGGUAAUACCGUUGCAGAACAAUGGAAACUCUCAGCAUACUCAACGAACGCUGAUCUUAAGACAGCUAUAAGCGCCUUAGUAUACGGCGGACAGACCGCGGCAAACACAAAUCUUGCCUUGGAUCUAGCUUUAUCGACUGCCUUCACUCCCGCCAGUGGUAACAGAGAUGGUGUUCCUGAUCUUAUUCUACUUGUCACCGGAAAUUCGGCUUCUCUCGUUCCAGCCACGAUUAGCGCUGCACAGUACAUACAGACUUCGGGUAUAGAUAUCGCAGCCAUAGGAUUUGCAAGUGCUCCACAAGCCGAGCUUCAGCAGAUAGCUAGUGAGCCAUCGUCAAGAUUUGCCUUAUUGGCAGCAAAUACUGCAGAAUUGGAAAGUGCACUAUUUGCAGACCAAGUCAUUCAAAAUAUCUGUGAUCCUGAUGACCAGUGUGACAGCUCACCGUGUGGAGGACAGAGCGUGUGUAAAGAUGGCGUCUUUGGUUUCACGUGUAGCUGCAUCCCACCAGCCAUGGGAACACAAUGUGAUAUAUCGUGUGACACCCUAUCUGAUAUAGUGUUUAUCGUUGACUCCUCAGCCUCAGUCACUGAGGCAAAUUUCAAUAUGGUUAGAAGCUAUGUUGCUGACCUAGUUGGACAAUUUGAUAUUGGCAAUAGACAUCAGGUUGGUGUAAUCCGAGUGGCUGAUGGCGCAAAAUACAGUGCUCAUUUGAACACAUAUACGACCGCAAGUGCCCUUGAGAGCCAAGUGAACAGAAUGACGUUUUCAAAUAGUGUCAAUACAAAUCUGGCUGCUGGCCUCAACAGUCUGGUGUCCAUAAAUGGAGCUAGGGCUAACGCUCGUAAAUUUGCCAUCAUACUGUCUGAUGGUUAUGACGAUUCUGCUAAUGUCAACAGCCUUGCAGCCGUUGAAGCUAAAAAGGCAACGGCGGACGGGUGGCACAUAAUGGUGGUCCGAAUGCACUCAGGAAUCACACAACAAGAUGCUGAAAACGUCGCUUCUAUUCCAUACAGAGACUUUGUUGUAAAACAUGAAGACUACAACACAUUGGAGACACUCACCCCAAUCUUGCUCGAGGGUCCCUGUGAAGAUCAAGAUCAAUGCAUCACGCUGAAAACAGCCACGACAAACCCGUGUGGAACCAACGGUGUGUGCACAGAUGGUAUUAACGGUGUUAUCUGCUCGUGCCCACCAGGAUUCGUUGGACCAAACUGCGAUGACGGAAUGAUUUGCAAUGGCGAAGUGGACAUUAUGUUUGCCUUCGAUUAUGCAGCAGGAAUAUCUAAAAGCGACUAUGAAAAGUAUUUCGACUUCGUUUAUGGUGUCACCGAAAAUGUGGACAUUAACAACGAUCUUGUGAGGGUGGGGAUAGUAAACUACAGAGGGGCGAAUGUUGUGACUACAGUAGUUGACGCCACAGCAUUUGUAAGCGACAAGCAAGGCCUUCUCAAAGAAAUCAAUUCAAAGAAAGUCAACUCAUAUGGAUCUACUUCGGGUCCAACAAACUCAAUCGCAGCUGUGGAAGCAGCUACCACGUUCUUUGCUGCCAACAGCCGCGCCGGUGUUGCAAAAUUACUCUGUAUUAUAACAGAUGGUGAAACCAGUGCGACUUAUUGGAAUUCUCAGAGCAUUAGCAGUGCAAAGCAGAAUGACAUCACAAUCAUGUCCUUUGGCGUUGGGAGUGCUGUCAAUACAAUGAAGCUGUCCAUUCUGGCCAGUGACCCGAAAGACAACGAAUUUUCCUCAGGUGACUACAAUAAUGUCACCAACAAUAUUGCCAGCUUUUCUGAUAGAGUCUGCCAAGACCCAGAUGACUGUGUUCGAAGCGACGGUUCUCCAUCAUGCGGUAACGGUGGCACCUGUACUGAUAAGUUCAACACAAUGACAUGUGACUGUCCUGCCGGUUUCUCAGGACCUAACUGUCUUAGGGAAUGCAGUGGUGAAGCUGAUAUUUUGUUCAUCCUGGAUGCCAAUUCAGUCAGAGAUCGAAUAGAGAUUGUGGACUAUAUCAAAUGCGUUGUAGAUGAGGUUGCCCUCAGUGAUACAGCAAGUGGCAAGACAGGGCAUCAGAUCGCCCUCAUCGCUUAUGGUGUUAAAGCAUCUGACCCAGUACUUCUCUUGGACUAUUCUGAGAAUAACAUAGAUAUCAAAUCGAAGGCAGAGGACUUGCUUCUUCUGACGCCGGGAACACAGUCGGAUAUCGAAAAGGCCUUUACUUUGGCCCAAACGACUAUUAAUGGCUCCCCUCGUGCUGUAUCCAAGGUUGUGUUCUUGCUCAUGGAUUCUGUCGAGUCCAACGGAAAAGACACGGAUGCGAUGCAGACAUUAUCAACCACUAUGUUCUACGAUAACUACCACUUCGUCUACGUUGUCAAUACACAAACUACAGUGGACGCUGCUGUCAGUGACCAGGCUCUUGCCAUAGCCACCCCUCUACCCAGUGGUGAGGCAACGUCCUUUGAGUUGGAAGGAAACAUGGGACUUGUUAAUUGGACAUCGCAUCACAUAUGUGGAGACAAAAACGAUUGUGAUGGGAACGCUUGUCAGAACGGUGGAACGUGCCGGGAUCUAUGGAUGCACUAUUCGUGUGACUGCCCACCUAAUACUAACCAACCGCAUUGUGACGCCAGCCCACCAGAUGGAUGUCAAAUUGUGAUUGAUUUGAUCUACCUGGUUGACGAGUCAUCGAGUGUUCCAUGGGGGCCAAACAACGCUGUAAACCCAGCACCAGUUACCGAAAACUUUGAAUUUAUCAAACAGUUCAUUAACACUCUAAAUGCCGAACUACCUAUAACAAGUGGAAACACACAAGUUGCACUUACCAGAUUCUCAACUGUUGGAAGGGCAUUAAGUAAAUUGAACGCAUUUACCACCAACCAAGCAGUUGAGGAUUAUGUCAGUUCAUUAAAACUUAGUGGGGGAGGAACCAACACGUUUGAUGGUUAUGUUAAGGUCCAAAGUGACGUCAUGGUUGAUGCAGCUGGCUACCGGAAAUCAACUGGCGUUGACUGCGUUCUAAUUAUGGUAACUGACGGUGCGUCUAAAGUACCAGGGCACGUUGACGAGGCUCAAAAGAUCAGAAUAGCAGGAUGUCUCAUCAUUACUAUUGGCGUUUUCCUACAAACUGAUGCUGAGAGAACUGAAAUCAAGAUGCAAGCGUCAGAUCCUUCCACCGAUUUCUAUGACGUGGCAUAUUGGGAUGGACUGCCUGCUAUUGCUCUAGAGAUUCUUAAACGAUUUUGUGGAGAUCCUGAUCCCUGCGACCCCUCACCCUGCCUUAAUUCAGGAGUCUGUACUGCAAAGUCUGGCGCUGCCUUCUGCAGUUGCCAAACUGGCUUUGUUGGACAGCAUUGUGAAAUAGCGGGCUCUGUAUCCGCCAAUGUCGUGGUUAUGCUUGAUGGAUCUAGCAGUGUAAGUGGUGCAGAUUUUGUACUACAGACGCAGUAUGUCAGUGAACUAAUUGAGAGAAUGGACACUCUCUCCGACGUCUCCCUUGGUAUGAUGAUGUAUGAUAACGCAGUUAACGUGAUAGCGACGGUUGGGCAAUACACAACCAAACUGGAGAACCAAGCUGUCGUUGGCACUGUCGUACAAAAGGCAGCACAGGGUGGAAAAUUGGCAGAGGCUCUUAAUUACAUACCAGCUAACAACAUAUUCCCUUCUAAUGGAAAGCAAAACUUGCUCAUAUUAUUAACAUCUGAUACAUCUGUGAGCACAGCUGAUUUCACAGCUAUAACCACAGCUGCUACGGCUGUGAUGGACUCUGGGGUAUCUAUUAUGACAAUAGCAGUUGGGCCACAAUCUCCUUCUGGUCAAAAUUUCUUGAACCUAAUCACAACCAACCCAGCAAAACAACUGUUUGAGAAAACCUCCUGGAGCGAAAUACCGGACGUGUACUCGGCAGCUUCACAUGUUCUGAUUGAGGCUGAGACCACGUGUCCUGCCACAACUACGUAUGUCUGUAAUUUGAGGGCAACUGAACAAAACUGAAAAAUUGAUGACGACCGACCGAUAACCAUAUAAGCCUACACAGUCACUUUUCAUAUGUAGACAUUUUACCAUUAAGAGAAAAAAUGUGUAAUUGAUGAAGGUAUGAAAAAGACAUUAAAGAUGUCAGCUGGACACUACACAUACAUGAAUGAAAAUCCCAAAUUAUAAGAACAAUUUGUGAUUCCUUUUUGGAAGACCUACCUAGUAUUUACCUAUAAAACCUUUAAAGAAACCCUUGUUAUUCUAUACCAUAGUACCCAACAGUUGGUAAUUUGAUUGUAAGCAGAAACGGAAUCAGGGUUAUUUGGAAAAUAAGUCCUUCAUGUCAUUUUGGGGUUCUGGGAUUUAUCAGUGAAACGAUGACGUCUGAGGACAGAAAACCCAUCAAUGAUGGAAAUCAGAAAAUCAUUGGACAUUUAGCAAAAUGUUGCCUAGCGUGUUUUGGUCAACUCUUACCUUCAUCGUACAGUGGUUGACCAGGUGAACGAAUUUUUAUUUAUUUUUAUCCUACGGAAUGGAUUAAGCUAGAAACAGGAAAUAUGGGAGAGUGCAAUUACUUGUCAAUGUCUUUGUAGCUAUGAAUAUAUAGUCUAUCGUGACUGAUGUUUUUUCCUUUCUUAUAAAUAAAUCUUGAGCAAAUCACA